UUUUAUAUCAGGUGAAUUUUCUAGGCCUAUUUGUAGGUGUUUUGGAAAAGAAGAGACUGUACAGCUUCACGCUAUUGUGUCAUCUUAUCUCUGAGAUAUGUUUUUCUAUGGGAAGGACUUAUGGUCAAGGUAGUUGCUGAACAGAAGACACAUCAUGCAUUUCCCACAUAGAUUCCAGAGUGAGUUUUAUAGAUGAAAAAGUAUGAUCACGGGUCACAGUGUGAUCAAAGGUACAACCAUUUCUGUGGAAAGUUGAGGUAUAUAGAAGAUAAGGUUAUAGAAGUCGAGAAGAUUGGUGAUUUGGGAAGCCAGGGUGAUUGAAAAUCAACACAGCAAUAACAAUCACUUUAGCUCAGAUCACUUUAUACAGGACAUCUAAUCUGAUCCUUAUCCCAUUUUACAGAUGGAGAACCUGAGACUCAAGGGAGUUUAAGUGACAUAAUAAUGGUCAAAGAAAUGGUAAGUGAUGGGAUGAAAUUUAAACUCGGGUUUCUUGACUCCCAAGUGUACCAUUCAUCCACUGCACAUCAGGGGAUGUCUGGGAGAGGAAGAUUGUGUUAGAAAAUGAACUCUUUGAAAAAUGAGGGAAAAUGGGGAAUGGCGGAUAACUGCAACAAAGGUCUGUAUAGUACGAUGUAAGCUCUUUGAGCGCAGACUGUUUCACUUUUGCAUUUGUAUACCCAGUAACACAAUGCUUGCCCAUAAUAAAUGCUUCUUGAUUGACUGAUUGAUGGGUUAGGGUGAUAGGAAGGAUGGGGGGACCAUCAAAGGACAGGUUGCUUAUUCACCACAGCACACAGGGAGUGUUUGGAAGCAGAAGUGUGUGUGUGUAUGGGAGGAUGAAGUUGGGCAGAAGUGGAAAGACAGAGAGACAGAGACAGACAAAGAGACAGAGAAAAAGAGAAGAGCGAGAGACACAUACAGAGAAACAGAGACAGAGAAAAAGAGAAGUGAGAGACAUACAGAGAGAGACACAGACAAGAGGCAGAGAGAGAGGGAGAAACAGAGAGAGAGAUUAAUGAUGUAAUUUUUUUCUGGGGGCAGCUCAAUUUCCAUGAGUGCAAGAUGGAAGGAAUGUGAAAAGGACGAUGACGUAUUUUUAAAAGGAAAGAAAAUGACAGCCGUGUGGGUUCAGUGUGCCCAACAAUAAUAAACUAAAGAGGGAGGAGAAGGAGAAAAUUAGGCGCAAGGUAUGAUCUCAAAGUGCCCGCCCAUCCCAGUCACUUAUUGGUUGUUUUUAUAUCAAUCAUCCUUAUUAUUGUUUAAAUAAAUUGCCAGGAAGCAUGAUGCUAGGGGGCGGCAUCUUCCUGUAGCUAUUCUCUUUUCUAAUAGGUCAGAAACUAAUAUCGCCCUCCUUCUCUGGUCAGUUACCAAGAGAGCAGACUCCUGGCGCUGUCACUGAGACGCCAAAAUUUGGAGCCCCGCCCAUCCAGGCUAGGUUGGUAAGGGGCGGGUCUUGUUUGUGGUUCCUGCUUUCUGAUAGGCUCAGACGGCUGCUUGUUCUGGGCCGGUUACCGGGGUCGGCACGUGAGAAGGAGGCGGCGUGCGGCGGUGACCAUGGCGGGAGGAAUGAAAAUGGUGCCGGCGCCGCCGCUCGCUUCCCGGUCCUCGAGCUGGGGGCGCUGGGGCGGCCGAGCGGCCUGGCUGCGCUUGCUUCUCGGUGGCUGCCUCGUCUGCGGCGCAGCUGGAAUUAAUAUACAAGUGGUGAUGCUACAAGAAUCCCGAUUUUAUUUUGGGACAAACAAUCAGCAGUUCUGUUAUAAGAAUACUCUUGUCCCAAGGUGGCAUGAAUUAUGGACCCGAGUGACGAUUCGGGUGAACAGCUCCAGAGUGGUGAGAGUAACACAGGUGGAAAAUGAGGAAAAGCUGAAAGAGCUGGAGCAGUUUAGUCUCUGGAACGUGUUCUCAUCCUUCCUGAAGGAGAAGCUGAAUGAUACCUAUGUCAAUGUGGAUCUCUAUAGCACCAAGGUCUGCCUCAAAGUUGAGGUUCUUGAGAAGGAUACAAAGUACAACAUCAGUCUGGUCCGAAGAUUUGACCCCAAACUCUUCCUAGUUUUCCUCCUUGGACUUUUGCUUUUCUUUUGUGGAGACUUAUUAAGCAGAAGUCAGAUUUUCUACUACUCUACUGGGAUGAGCGUGGGGAUUUUGGCCUCUCUGUUAAUUUUAAUUUUCUUGAUGUCCAAGUUCAUGCCCAAGAAAAGUCCUGUCUACAUCAUCCUAGUUGGAGGCUGGUCCUUUUCUCUGUACCUAAUACAGCUGGUUUUUAAAAACUUACAAGACAUCUGCAGGUUUUAUUGGCAGUAUCUUUUAACUUAUAUCUUCGUAGUUGGAUUCUUGAGUUUUGCUGUUUGUUACAAAUAUGGACCCUUGGAGAACGAACGCAGCAUCAACCUGCUGACCUGGACCUUGCAGUUGACAGGCCUGUUGCUCAUGUAUUCUGGUGUGCAGAUACGGCAGAUUGCCUUUGCCCUUAUCAUCGUUGCAUUCUGUACUAAAAACCUGGAAUACCCUGUUCAAUGGAUUUACACCACCUACAGAAAGGUGUAUAAGGCAGCAGAAAAGCCGAUACCCCCUCGUCUCCUGACAGAAGAAGAAUACCGUAUACAAGGGGAAGUGGAGACUCGAAAGGCCCUGGAGGACCUCCGAGGCUUCUGCAGCAGCCCAGAGUGUUCUGUUUGGAAGACCAUAGCUCGGAUUCAGUCUCCCAAGAGGUUUGCUGACUUUGUGGAAGGAGCUUCUCACCUCACACCAAGUGAAGUUUCUGUUCAUGAGCAAGAAUAUGGACUAGGCAGCAAUUUUGCAGAGGAUGAAAUCUUUGAGGACAUGUCAUUGGAGGACGAGGAUGAGGAGGAAUUUGUGUGUCCCACAGUCCUACAGAACCAUUUAAUGUCUUAGGUGGCAUCUUGGUAUUUUCACAUAGACUGAAUUAAUUUCAAGGUGGCCAGAGCUUUAAGAGUCUGUGUGUGUGCGUGUGUUUGUGUUUGUGUAUAUGUGUGU